ACAGGACAGCCUUGACGCCAAAGACUGGCGACGCACUUCAUGGUGGUGUUUUUUGUUGUUUGUAUUUUUAUACUGUGAUUUUGAAGUUUCGCGAGGAAAUAAAGAGGCUGUUUUGUACACAGCCACCGACUGCUUCACCAAACCAUUGUCUUCGUCGCCGGUUUCCGGUUUUGAAUGGACUAGCGAACAUUUAGGCACAGAUAAAACGCAGCCAUGUUCCAUAACAGCUCACAGAGGAAAUACUGGACUUUUAAAAGUGAAGACGAGGUGGAGCAGAUGAGAUACAAAGCCAACCAGAAAUUCCGUAACAAGAUACUAGAAAGUGGGAAGCCCGGGGUGAGUGAGUCCAAGUUCCUGGAGCGUCAUGAGGAAGAUGUUAUAUUCCGACACUAUGAGAGGAGGAUGCUGGACUUCUGCAAUGCUUUCAAGCCUAUGAUGCCGAAGUCUGUUGUGGGCACAGCCAUCAUGUACUUCAGAAGAUUUUACCUCAACAACUCUGUCAUGGAGUACCACCCCAGGAUUAUCAUGCUGACAUGUACAUACCUGUCCUGUAAAGUGGAUGAGUUCAACGUGUCCAGCACCCAGUUUGUGGGAAACCUCCUGCAGGAGACCCCCGAAGGGCAGGAAAGGGUUCUGGAACAGAUCCUGGAGUACGAGCUGCUGCUGAUCCAACAACUCAACUUUCACCUGGUGGUGCACAACCCCUACAGACCCAUGGAGGGUCUGCUCAUUGAUUUGAAGACAAGAUAUCCUACGCUGGAGAACCCAGAGUCGCUAAGGAAGAGUGCUGAUGACUUUCUGACACAGGCAGCCAUGACAGAUGCAGGACUGCUGUUUCCCCCUUCUCAGAUCGCUCUAACAGCGAUUCUGAACAGCGCCUCCAGAGCCGGUCUCAGUAUGGAGAGCUACCUGACUGAAUGUUUACGACUCAAAGAGGACAAGGAGACUCUGUCAAAGAUGUAUGACUCAAUGAGACGCAUGAAAACUCUUCUAAAGAAAUAUGAACUUCCCAAACCAGAGGAGGUGAAUGCUUGCAAAAAGAAACUGGAGAGGAUUCAUGCUGAAUUUGCCAGUUCAAGCAACAAACGAAAGAGAGGAUAUGAAGAAGACGGACAUGUAUCAAAAGAACCACGUUUGGCAGAAGAGGUGGGUGAAUAUUUUGCAAUACAGAAACUUAAUUAAACUACUUAUUUCUUUUAAAAUCCCUCUGAAAUUGACUUUUUUAAUUGCAGGAAUGGACUGAUGAAGACCUGAUGUGACCUUUUACUCCAAAACAGUUUCGGAUUCAAACAAAGUUUACAGUUAUUAUGAGUUAUUCCCAAUAUUGAACUGUCAAGGUUGGAUGACCAACCGUUACUAGAGAACACAAUGGACGUGUCAUAGACAGUUUGCAUAUUGGUACAUGUUGUAUUUACUUUCCUACAAGACAUUGUAGGAACAAUUUUGUUCUGCGGUAACAAUAAAGAUAUUUUUCUACA